CGCCUGUGGAAUAAGACACUUAAACUGAUCCCGGGUAUUAAAGCGUGACUUUGUGUGGAUGAGAUUUUUUCUUAUUUAUAAGCAGAAAUAAAGUAGCGCAUUGUCCGAUAACCUGGACUUAGAGGAAAAGCUUCAUUUCUGACUGCGCGUUUAUUUCGCUCUUCUCGACGUUCCUGUGCACAGAGCAGGGUGACACUUACACCUUCCAGGACUUGCUGGUUAACUUACUCAAAACAAAGAAGAACAAAAAAGUCAUCAUGACGGAGACAUCCACGGCUCCAGCCAAAGCCAAGAAGGCAUCCAAGCCCAAGAAGCUCGCUUCUCAUCCCAAGUACUCGGACAUGAUUAAAGCGGCUAUUGUUCACGACGCGAGCCGGAGCGGAGCGUCCCGUCAGUCCAUCCAGAAGUACGUGAGGAAAAACUACAAGGUGGGCGACAACGCCGAUGUCCAGAUUAAAAUGGCCUUGAAGAGACUGGUGGCGGCUGGGACGCUGCGACACACCAAGGGAAUCGGCGCGUCCGGAUCCUUCAGGCUCACCAAACCGGAGGACUCCAAAAAGUCCACCAAGGCGGUAGCGGUGACGGCCGCCAAGCCAAAGAAAGCGGCUAAGCCCGCCAAACCCAAGAAGGUGGCCAAGCCCAAGAAGGUGGCCAAGACACCGGAGAAACCCAAGAAAGCAGCUGCGAAGAAAGUGAAGAAGGUCGCGAAGAAGGCGACGCCAGUAAAAGCCAAAAAGGCACCGGCGAAGAAACCCAAGGCAGCCAAGCCCAAAGCAAAACCAGCAAAGAAAGCAGCCAAGCCCAAGGCAAAGACACCCAAAAAGGCAGCCAAGACAUCAAAAAAGAAGUGAAUGGACAAUAGCGGAGGCAAAAUCACUGUAAAUACUUAAGGAAAUGUUUUCGUAUAUGUAUUAUUUUUGUAAGGUGUCAUGCAAACUUAUACUGUUUUUACCAGUAGUUUUCUCUCCAUUUGCACUAUAGCCUAAAAAAGCUGUAGAAAUAAUUGUGAGCAUUGUUUUUUUGUUUUUUUAAUUAUUGCGUUAAUAAUAAUAUUAAUAAUACUGUUAAUUCCCGUCUGAUCCUCGGUUACUUAUGGGCUAGAGUGAGAUCUUGCUGAUAAGGAAAACUUGUAUAUACAGUGGAAGUCAUGAAUAGUUGUUGUUAGUGCACGAGGUCAUGCUGAAAAUACAAAUGUUUCAAUGUUGAGCAUUGUUGAGCCUUCACAAUGUACAAACCAUGGGAGGCGAGCGUCAGCAAGAAUUUCCUAAAGCCUCUAUGGUGGUCAUUCAGACUCCAUCCUGUAUAUAUUUUUUUCCAUGUUCAGACGACUCAUGAUGUACAAGCACCACUCUGUAUUCAGUCACUUUUAAAGACUGCUUACACUGCGACCCAAUAAACCUUUGUCAUCUUCUAAAAAACAAAAAA